UUGCUGGAGCAUUUAGACCACAAAAGUGAAGCUUAGGAACGCUGCUACUAGCAGCUUUUAUGCGUGUAUAAUGCGUUGAAGUAGCAGCACUAUGCCACUCAGACUGUGUCUGUUUUCUGUAUAAGUAGCAUUGUUACAUACAGCUCUGACUCCUCUAUUACCCCCUCGCUCCGGGCUCCACCCACCUUCUUCCUGCAAUAGAAUAAAGUGUAUGAAAUGAUUCCGUGUUCUGUAGCUGCUGUCUGUUGGGCUGGGGGAAGUCAGAGGAUUACUUGAUAUUCUUACUACUGCAGCCUGAAUAAAUACCGACAUUAGCAUUGCUGAUAUAGGCACAAUCCCAGCCGGAGACAACAAAAUACCAGCUGUGCCGGUAAAGUACUGGCCAGGUGGUAACCCUACCUGGUUAGCUUGCUGUGACAUCUUGCUUCCCAUUGCAUAACCCAGCCCCCCUCAUCGUGUAAGUGAUCAGAAAGAAAUCUGGAUCAGUGUAACAGAAGAGCAAGAAGAAGGAGAAAGCUGUGCAGAACAAAUAAGCUCAGACAUACAGGCAAAAGAAGGGAGGUAAACUGCAAACAAGGAAGAGGGAUCUUUUUCUCUGCUGAUGUGCUGCACUUUGGCUUUACGAGGGUUUUUGUCUGAUAACUGGCAGGGCUGGGGACUUCAUGAUUGCACUGAAAAAGAAGUCUUCUCACUACCACCAUGCGAGGAUGAAGUUUGGUUGCUUUCUGAUUUUGCUUUGUGCUCUCUUUGUUCCAGGAAGUAGCUCUUCUGAGAGAUGUGAUGACUGGGGAGUGGACACCACUAAACUAAUCCAAGUUUACGAUGGAGAACCUGCUCGUAUUCGAUGCCCUCUCUUCCAGGAAAUAUUGAAACAUAACUACAGCACGGCACAUUCAUCUGGCCUAACUCUCAUGUGGUAUUGGACUGCUCAAGGGAGAGACUUGGAAGAGCCAAUUAAUUUCCGCCUCCCAGACAACAGAAUUAAUAAAGACAAGGACCUACUCUGGUUUUGGCCUGUCCUUCUCAAUGAUACAGGGAAUUACACUUGUAUGCUAAGAAACACCAGUUAUUGCAGCAGAUUUGCAUUUCCUUUAGAGGUUCUACGGAAAGACCAAGGUUCAUGCAUAAGCCAAGCAGAGAAAAUAGAGACUGUUGAGUUGCCUUUGGAACAUUAUUGGGAGCUAACAUGUCCAGACACUGAUGGAUUUUUUCCUGCUAAUGUAACUCCUACGGUAAACUGGUACAUGGGUUGCAUCCUUGUGAAUGGCUUCUACGAGAGAGAACCCAAAGGCCUUACUCUGAUAUUCCAGAGUGUCAAAAUAAGAUACCAAGGCAAUUAUACAUGCAUAGUGACCUAUGAGGACAAUGGCAAAAUGUACAAUAUUACUAGGACCCGCUACGUCAGUGUGAUCGGUUCCCCUGAAGAUGAAAAACCACCAUCAAUUUCAGCACCAGUUAACUCAACUAUUUAUGAAUUUGCAGUAGGAGAUGAAAUGCACCUUUCCUGCCAAGCCUAUUUCCCUUAUGUGAGGGAUUCACGUAAUGACAUUUCAUGGCUGGUUGAUGGAAAGAAUAUAGAAGAAAUGAUUGAUUCGAGGAUAAAUGUCGCCACAAGUGUGAAAGAUGAGAUAGCUGGAGCCAAGACCAUAAACAAGGAUCUGAGCAUUACAAAAAUCACUCUUGAGGAGCUGAAGCGCAACUAUACAUGUUCAGCAAGAAACAAGUUAGGAACAGACUCUAGGCGAGCAAUUGUGAAACAAAAAGUUGGUACACCGAGAUAUAUCACCGAGUUGGCAUGUGGAUUGGGAGCUACACUUGUCCUUGUUGUAUGCCUUAUCAUUGUGUAUCAUGUCUAUUGGCUGGAAAUGGUACUUUUCUACAGGGCUCACUUUGGCACAGAUGAAACAAUUGGAGAUGGGAAAGAAUAUGAUGUCUAUGUAUCUUAUGCAAGGAACGCAGAGGAAGAGGAGUUUGUACUGGUUACUCUACGUGGAGUACUUGAGAAUGAGUAUGGAUACAAACUAUGCAUUUUUGACAGGGACAGCUUGCCUGGUGGAAAUACAAUGGAAGCUGUAUUUGAUUUCAUUCAGAGGAGUCGAAGAAUGAUUGUUGUUUUGAGUCCAGAUUAUCUCACAGAUAAAAGUAUAAGCAUGCUGGAAUUUAAGCUAGGUAUUGUAUGCCAAAAUGCUGUAUGCACCAGCCUUGUAAUUGUGGAAUACAAACCACUCCAGGGACCAAAUACUACAAUUUCUAAGCUUAAGGAGACAAUUUCCUUUAUCCGCUGGGAAGGAGAAAAUUCCCGAAAGAACAGCUCAAGGUUUUGGAAAUCUUUACGACUAGCAUUGCCGUUGCGCAGCCUGACUACUCGUUCAAGCUGGAACGAGAGCUGUUCUUCUCAAUCAGAUAUUAGUCUUGAUCAGAUUCAUAAGAAGAAAAGACAUUUAAAAGGAACAGUAACAACACAAUAUGCAAAGACUGAUGUAAAAAAUAUAAAGGUAACAGGUGGCACAGUAAAAGCUAAAAAUGGGCCUAAGGGUGCCAAAGCGUGCCAGUGCUGUGUAACCUAUUGUGACAGUGAACAUAGACUCCGAAGUAAGUGCAGGGCUGUUGCAAAGCCCAAAUGGGAGACACAUUUGUGCAAACCUGUCACCCAUGGAAAUAAAACUCAUUGGGUUCAAAAUGGUACUACUCAGCAGACUCCGGCACCACCACCUGUUACAGCUUAUACUCUUCAGCAAUAUUCCGAUUUAUCCAACAAUAACAGUGAUUUCUAUGUUCUUUAGCAAACAUCAUAGAAUGAAUAUUUUCUUCUACACUUUUGCUGAACAAAGACAGUUAUAGAACUGGAUUUGGGUAGAUCCAGAAAUAUUUACAAAAAUGCUAAAUCCCUGAACUGGAUAUUCUAAACAGGCAUCCUAUGUUAAUGGUUUUUGGAUCUGACCACAAAUGAAAUGAGGUAUUUGUGGUAACAAAGUCUUCAAGAGCUUUGGAAAAUGUCUGCAUUUUUGGUUUCAUUAGUUAACAUAGACAAUACAAAAUGUGCAACUCUUUCUUGUGUUGUUGUUGUUGACUUGUUUGCACUUUAUGUUAAGCUAUCUUGGCUAUAGUUAUGUGGAAUAUAAUUUACAGUUUUCAAACCAAACAAUGCCUCUCAGUGUGCACGACAAACUUUUAUUUUUUAUGGACAUUAUUGCAUUAUGAUUCUUUUUCCCCCCCACCAUCUAGCCAUCCAAGAUCUUCCUGUUUUCCUCUAUGAGAACACAUUUCAUUGUGAGAUAAAAUAAAAUGAUAAAUCUCUUCACACUUGUCAGCUUCAAAUAGGCAUUUGUAAAGAAAAUAAAUCUGGGCUAAUGGUUUGUUAUCAGCAUACAUAUAACACAACCUGUCAACAAAAUGAGUAAAGGUAAUUGCCACCUAGGUUGACUGAUGUCCUGAGAUGUACAGUUUUGUGAUUACUUAGAUUUGUGUAAAUACAAGAUUUCCUGUCAAACAAAGCAAGGAAAGCAGAUCUGGCUUUUGUUUUGUAAACUCUUUAGAUUUGCUGGAAAUAUUAAAAUAUCUACUAGCUGUUACUGCAGAUCAUAAAAGGUAAAGCACAAAUGUGUAUUUGUGUUUUUGGCCUUGGUGUCAGCUCUUGUUCAUUUGUUCCGUGUGGUCCAGUUACUUAGUGCUUUCUGGUUAGAAUAACAUUACAUAGCCAAGUAUGAAAAACAAGCCAAAUACAACUGUGUUCUGCAGAAUGGUAAACAGUGCAGGACAGUAAUAUAGGGGUUAAACAGAAUCCUUGCGUAUAUACUGUAGAUGUUAGGAAGGGAAAAUGACUCCAUAUACUUUUCAAGUGGUAAGCCUUCAGGGUAAAUUCCCAAUCUUUUGAAUUUGCCAUGCAAAAACCAUAGUUCUCUCAACAACUUUAUUACAAAUAUUACAAAUCAAAUCUGUUAGAAUUCAUUAAUAAUAUAGUAAUAUAGGGUUUCCAUAGGCUAUUUGCAGAUGAAGAUUGAAGCAAAACAAAAGCAGCCUUUUGGAAAAGAGAUAAUCAGCAAACAUUGGUUACAUUAUUUUGAUAACUGUGUAUGCGGGCAGGCUUUAACUAACUUGAUUUAGGACAUGUGCAAUUAACAUUUUUCUUGUGUUGUGUCCUUAAAUGAUCCGACACUGUAAUUGUAAUCAUAAACUAUUUUAAUAAAGCUAGGAAGUAACUGUUACAAUAUGUGAGAUUGGCUAUAAUAAUAGAAUGGCUUUAAUGGGGUUUCAAGAGGUAAAAUAUAUUUUAAGAAAAUGGACUGGACUAUCGCAGGUUAGGGGUCUCCAUCAAAAAUAUCUUACAACUUAUAUGAGCCAAAGUUGCUUGAAAAACAUUAGACAAAAGGUGUUGGAAUCAGAAAAAAAAUGUAUGGCAUUUUUUUAACAAAUUGGAAUAUGAUUAAAGAUCUAAAGUCUA